GGGGGCGCUAUGGCGGCAGCAGCUAUUUACAUUCUCCAGGCAAGAUGGCGGAUUCAGACGAACAACCAACGGGCUCUUGCACUUUUUUGUUCAAAAAAUCUACUAAGAAAUUCUCUGGGCGGAAAAGAAAAGCUAGUGACAGCGACAAAGAUGGUAACAGUGACGAGGACCAGAGCUCUGUGGUCAGAAGAGAAAAGAAAGAUGCUCGAGUCAACCCCAUGAUUCAAAGGACCAAAAAAGUGGAGAGAGAAGCUGUGUCUUCUAGUGAAAGUGACGAUGAAAAAGCAGACAAGAAGGUCACUGUCGCCUACAAGUCCACACGGUCGGCGAAACCAGAGGGACCUGAGGACAUGGGUGCAACUGCUACAUAUGAGCUGGACACUGAGAGAGACAAGGAUGCUCAGGCUAUUUUUGAGAGGAGUCAAAAAAUCCAAGAGGAGCUGACAGGUAAAGAAGAUGACAAAAUCUACCGCGGCAUCAACAACUACCAAAAAUUCAUCAAGCCGAAAGAUACCACCAUGGGAAAUGCCUCCUCUGGCAUGGUCAGAAAAGGACCAAUCCGAGCCCCUGAACACUUGAGAGCCACAGUCAGAUGGGACUACCAGCCAGACAUCUGCAAAGACUACAAGGAGACCGGUUUCUGUGGUUUCGGAGACAGCUGCAAGUUCCUUCACGACAGGUCAGACUACAAACAUGGCUGGCAGAUUGAGAGGGAACUGGAAGAGGGCAGAUAUGGAGCCAAUGAUGAUGAGAACUACGAGGUGAGCAGCGACGAGGAGGACAUGCCUUUUAGGUGCUUCAUCUGCCGGGAAUCCUUUAAGAAUCCGAUUGUCACAAAGUGCAAACAUUAUUUUUGUGAGACCUGUGCCCUUCAGCAUUACCGCAAGUCCAAGCGCUGCUAUGUGUGCAACACUCAAACCAAUGGAGUCUUCAACCCAGCUAAAGAGUUAAUGGCAAAGAUGGAGAAACAUCAUGCCGCAACAGACCAGCCACCAUCGGACGAGGAAGAUUAGCAACAUGUGAACCUCUCCGUCCAUCCCCUUAUGUGUUUGUCUGUGUAAAUUUUGAAUAAAAUACAUUUUUUGAAGGUU